AACUCAUACUAUUAAUGUAACUUAAUAUUAAUUUAACUAUAAAGUGAACAACAUAAAUACAGGUAAGUACCCGAACCCCAUCUGUCGCAACGAGCAAUAAUAUUCGAACCACUUAAAGUUCCCCUACUUAUGAAACCCAUUUCAUUACGUCCCUAUAACGCUGCAUCGGACAAACCACUACUAUAAACUGAGACAUUGUUGCAAAUCCUGAUCAAAUCACUCGUCAGUCUGGAGGGGACGGUGGGAAUCAUUUAUCUAAAAGCUGCUCCCUUCCGCCAUCAAAACUACAUCAAGUAGGGCGAGGAACAUAAACUCGACCGCCCUUGCAGUUAGAUAAAACGUAAAGGGAAGUUUGAUUCACUUGACUCGUGUGACACCACACGUAGGACGCUCGGCCACCUCCCGAGGCCUCCGUAACGACGUCUUUAUACCCAGCUAUCUCUAUUUGACUACGAUUCAUAUCUCCGACUAGAGGACACUUACUGGAACAUUAUUGGAAAACUCAAGCCUAGUCCGGAUCCGAUACCUAAUAUCGAAUUUUCUACAGUUUCGUAAUAGGUACAUAGAGGUCUACUUCAAAGUUUCAAGUCUUAGUAACUUCUGUUUCGUAAUACACUUUUACUUUUACAAAUCCCGAUACUUAAAAUCGUUCGCCAGCGUCUCCAGUGUGCAAAGUUUGACGUUACAACGUUACGUUAUUAUUUCAUUAAUUACUAUCUGUAUCCGCAAUGGGUGCUGCGUAAUUACCGCUUAUACUUGUGCUGAGAAGUAUAAGCAUUUGUGACGAUUCUUAAUUACUUAAUUCCCGAUUAACUUCUUAAUUACCAACGGCGUCGGCAUGCGAAGGGAGCUCUGAAAAAAGACAUUUAAGCACAUCUUAGCGGGCAAAUAUUGUCGGUGGCCUUAGCGUCGGAGGUUCAUCUCGAGAUAAGCGGCGGUGAGACGAGGCGGCCAGCAUCUGGGCCGGUAAUUAAGCGCAUCUGCCUACGUUCAAUUUUGAAACGCGCUGGAUGAGUUGCCCCGCACUCCUUCGGGUCCAUUCGGGAGGUCGAAGCAAGCCGCGGUGCGCUUUCGGCUCGAUGUGCGACCGCCGCGCGAGGAGGGAGCAUGCUGGUGCACCUCUUGUUACUUAGCACCGCCUUCGCGGCAGUCAACACUGGAAAACACGGAGGUAUCGAGGUACCGGAGUUUGGCGAGCCCAUCACAAACCUGACGCUGCCAAUCGGACGUGACGCCACUUUCGAAUGCAUUGUUGUCAACCUUGGCAACUUUCGUGUGGGCUGGGUAAAAGCAGACACAAAGGCAAUCCAGGCUAUCCACGAGCACGUCAUCACCCACAACCCUCGUGUCUCCGUCUCCCACAGCGACCACUCCACCUGGUACCUGCACAUCAAAAAUAUACAGGAAGAGGACCGAGGGCAGUACAUGUGCCAGAUUAACACUGAUCCGAUGAAAAGUCAGGUGGGCUUCCUAGACGUAGUGAUACCACCAGAUUUUAUUCCUGAAGAGACUUCAGGUGAUACAAUGGUGCCCGAGGGAGGGACUGCCAGGGUGGCCUGCAAGGCCCGGGGUGUCCCGCCGCCAAGGGUUAUGUGGAAACGAGAAGAUGGACAGGAAAUUGUUGUAAGGGACCAAAGUGGGACGAAAAGUAAAGUGCUAACAUAUCAGGGUGAAGUGUUGAAACUGACGAAAAUAUCACGUUCGGAGAUGGGCACUUACUUAUGUAUUGCCGGUAAUGGGGUCCCUCCUACAGUCAGCAAGCGGAUCCACGUGAGUGUACACUUUCACCCAGUCAUCCAAGUGCCGAAUCAGUUGGUGGGUGCUCCACUAGGCACUGACGUCACUAUAGAGUGCUACGUCGAGUCUUCUCCCAAAUCAAUCAACUACUGGGUCAAAGAUCCAGGUGAGCUGAUCAUACCUUCGGAGCAUCACGUGAUGUCAGUGAGGCAGAAGUCGAUGUUUGAGGCUGAGAUGACGAUGACCAUCAAGAACAUUCGGCGGGAGGACUUGGGGAGCUACAUAUGCGUCGCUAAGAACUCCCUAGGGGAUGUCGAAAGCAAGAUAAGACUAUACGAAAUACCGGGCAACGAUAGGCACGCGUACCAGUACCCUGACCGCGACGUCCGGAUAACUACUGAUGAUGAGUACGGAACCAAUGCGUACGAUGACGAAGACGAUGACGACAGCAUGAAGACCAACAGGGUCCCGGACAGGGCCAACAAAUGGUACGCCAACGACGGCAAAGUGAUAGUGACCGCGGCUGCCGGUGCCUCGAACAAACUCACAACCACCUCUACAGCGAUCUUCCUCUGUGUAAUCAAAAGUCUGCUAUAAUUACUCCAACGACCACAAUCAAUAUUUUCUUUUUCAUCGAUAAUUCCAGGACAAUCGUCAACAAUCACAGCCUGUAAUUACGUUUGAUUGGAAUAAUUUCCAUAGGCAUCAUUUAUUUUGUUUCCUAGACGCGGCCUUUUAUUCUGUUCGUAAUGUUUCAUUCCAUCAGCGUGUAACGUGAUAAUAACUAGUCUUAUAACGUUGUAUAUAGUUUGUAAUAGGUGAAUAUCUACUGUUUGUAAGAAUAUAAAUAGUUCAUCUCUGAUACUUACUGUUAAAUACAUAACGAGAUAUUGUAUAAGAUUUAAACAAAUGUUUAUAAAUGAAUGUGCCAUGUAUAUUGCUAUUAUCUUGAAUAGAGACAUUUAUAUUAAAGUUUUUAUUGGGCAUGGUAAAUUUAAUUGUAAAUAAAAUGAAAUGAUACAAGCGAUAGAGGAAAUAUUGACUUAAUAACUUGUUUAAGACAUAUAAAACAGUUAAUAGUUGCCGAGUAUUUACAACUUUAAAGUUACAGUUCCCUGUGCUUGCUCUCCAGCUGCAACUUUAGUGGCAGAUACAGUAUACAGGUCUAAUAGAUAAACUACCUGAAGUCUUUCAGCGGUGCCACUAACUUCGCGGUACACACUUGAGAUUUGUUUCAUAGUUACAAAACUUACAACACAAAUUACUUGGUCUAAUGUCUAAAGUUGCACUUGGAGGUUUUUCCGCGUGUAUCUAAAUAAUGUAGUCGAAUAAUAAUGUAACUUCUUCCGAACAAUGUACGUUAAUAUCCUGAUCGUUACAAAAAAUAAUAAAAUCAAGGACAUGUC